AUUGAAGCUAGGCUCACUGUUUGAAGGUGGUUGAGACGUCAGUUUUACUCUUGAUAUGCAGUCAAAUGUCGAGCGUUCUGAAACUGGAGGGAGAGUGAGCUAUUCCAGAGCUGAAAUUUUAGCUCUUUAUGACUUCGGGAAGUCCAUUCCUCUACAGGAUGAUGUGAUUAAAAAAUCUCAAGUAAGUUACUGAUCAGUGUUCAAUCAACUUAUUCUUGUCUCAUUUUUACCUGUCGUACCGUUUACAGUGCCUUAGUAUAUUAGCUGGGAUUUGGAACGAUGUCAGUAAUCAUUUAAUUGACAUCAUAAACAAAGUCAUUACCUAAUCAUUCACCCUAGUCAUUUGAUACCCAAUCCCCCUAUUUUGGGGGAAAUUUUGUCUGUUUUGGGUUAAUUUUUGAAAGCCGCAAUAAAAGAUUUUGGGACAAAGGUUUAAAACCCCUUAAGUUUACCCAGGUCCGGGGAAAAUCCCCAAAAUUUUUGGGGAAAUAUAGGGUUUUUCCCAAUAUUUCCACAGAAUCUUAUAACGCUGGAGUUUUUCCCCAAAGUUUGGGGAAAACUCCGAAAUUCUCAAAAUAGGGAGAUUUGGCAUGAUCGUGGUAUCUACUUACUUGUGUGUUCCGGAGUGACAGUAGCAUCCAUGUCAUUCACUAAAAGCUUAUUUUCAGUUAUCUCCCCUAAAGCCUUCAUUUUACGUAGAUUUUGUUCUUCAGACUUCUGUGCAGCUCAUUUUUUGACUAAUUCGGAUUAUUACAAAGGCGGGAGUUAGCUUGUUACAUAACCACGAUAAAAUGGUUUCAUAUGACAUGUGUUGACUGACUUUCGUUUACUUGAUUGGAUUUCAACUACAUCAAAAGUGCCUUUUUUAGGGUGUACUGUCAUUGUUAAUUAAUUGCUUGUUUAUACGACCCUUCACUACUUUUUAUGACAUCAUUCCGGUUUCUGUGGCUCCGUCUUUUGCUAUAUUAUGCUAAUAUCAUAUUGUAUUAUAAAUAUAAAAAAACACAUUUUUAUUAAUAACCAGUUCCUCAUUUUUCAUGCGUAACGAAUACUAAUAACUAAAUCUACCUAAUAUUGUGUAUCAUCUUUCAUAGACUGGGACCCGUGGUAUGUCAACUUUACAAAUAAUUAUUUGGUUUUAAAUUUAGCAUCUCGAUCUAAACCCCAAAGAAAAAAGACUAGUUAUUCACAGUCAAGCGAUGGAGACGCCCAAAAAACUCAUGGUAGUAGUGGCGAGGAUCUAACUACUCAAGAAGUUGAUCCUAAUACCCAUGGCUGGCAUCGUAUGAACCGUUACGCCGGGCAUGCACAAUCGGGUAGUUCUUCACACCAUCCUCAUCAGAGAUAUCCAAGUGGACCAACUGGGGACGUCGAUCCUUCAAUUCCCGUUUCCCAAGCAAAUGGUCCCUUGCGUCCCACUAAUGAAACAAAAAGAGGAGGGCAUGGUGAUUGGUCCCGAGGAUGUGCUGGUUGGCGUCAACGUUCUUACAGUGGUAGUGAGCAAUCUGAUGUCUUCUAUUAUAACCACUCCAAUCACCGAGGUCGUGGUAAUGGGCAUCCAUCCAAUGAAGUUGAUGGAAAUACGGGACGUGGACGUGGUCGAGGGCGUGGUUCAGGUCGUCAAGGUUUGACACAUCGAGAACCUGUUGGUGGUCAGUCGCAAACUUCAGGCAGUAAUGCUUGUCGACCUGCCAGUUGUUUAGUUGAUACUCCUGGAGGGCAAUUAGUUCAACAAACCAAAAAUGGGAGGAUUUACUCUAAAUCGUUUUGUAGUGAUCCACCUCCUGGUUUCGACUUACCAAUUCAUGAUAAGCCUACUAGUGAGUUGUCAUCUUCAAUAACUUGUCAAAAAGAAGACGUUUUUAUUGAUAAUAAUGAUUCAAUGCCUAUUCAUCAUUGUCAUCUUGUGGAUGAUGAUUCUUCGAAGAAUUCUACACAAAUGAAUUCUAAACAAUCUAUUAUACAUCCUUGUAAUUGGUUUUAUAUUGAUCUAUUUACAUGUACUCAAGGUCCAUUUACAAAUCAACAAAUGAGUACAUGGCUUGCUGGUGGUUAUUUACCAUUAGCUUUAAAAAUACGUCGUGAUUGUGAUGAAUGUUUUCUUAGUUUAGCUGAUCAUAUGAAUUUAGCUGGACGUAUUCCAUUUUGGACUGGCUACAAUCAACCACCUAUUACACAUGCGAAUUUACCAUCACUUUCUGUAUUAAACAAUAAUAAUAGUAGUAAUCAGGUAUUAACACACUCAACUAUUAUCACCAACCAAAUAUCCUCCUCAACUCCACCAGGUAUUACAAAUCGUAAAACAGAUUGCGUAAAUUCACUUCAACAAUCCACACUACCAACAUUUGAUGAAGAUACAACUCAGCUUCAAAACAAAGGAGAUGUUAGUGUUUCUGAUGGUAAUAAAACUCAGGUAACAAUCGAUAAUGAUUCAAUAUCAUUGAAUAUAUCAACACUAUCAUCAAACACUAUAUCAUCUCCUGUAACUGAUUAUUCAGAAUCACAAACAAUCAAUAAUUCAUCUUCAUUUAAUGGCAUCAAUGAUAAAGCAUUAUUAGAUUUAUAUAAUGAAGCUAAAAAUAUUGCAUUACAUACAUCUAAAAUUGAAGCAGAACGUUUAAUAUUAGCAAAUAAAUUAGCUGAAAUUAAUAGUACUACAGCUAAAUUAUUAUCCAAUUUACGUCCAACCCAAUUAAGUUCUACAUUAACUGAAUCAUUAAUUCGAACAACAAAUGCUGUACAAACUGAAUUAGCACGUAUUCUAGAACCAUGUAUUAGUGAUGAUAAUAAAAAUACUACUCUUACUACUACCUUCUCCAAUACUAAUGACGAUGGUCAUCCCGAUGAUGGUAAUGAUGAUGAUGAUAAUAAUAAUAUCAAAACUGAUAAUGACGUUAGUUCACCCAUUCUCAAUGAUUAUAGUAAUAGCAUAAAUGUUGUUUCAUCGACAAAAUUCUCAACAUUAUCAUCUUUAGGAAUAGAACUUACUGAAUCAUUAUCUGCACUAACAACAUUUGAUAAUAUUCAUCAUAAUGAAAUUCAUUCAACGAAUGAUAAACAAAUUUUUAUAGAUAGAAAAUUAAAUACAAAUGAUGUAGAUAUUGAUAAUGAGCUUCCUUUAGAUUCAACAAUGAACAAUCAUGAACGCAAUCAUACUAGUCAGCAUACGAAUAAUGAUGCAUAUAUCGCUAACAACAAUGUUGUUGUUGAUGAUGAAAAUAAUGAUAAUGAUAAAAAGUAUCAACAACUUGAAUCAAUAGAAAAACUAAUCCCUGAAGGUGAAAUUACCGUACCAUUGACUUCAAAUAGUAAUAAUCAUGAACAAGAAACAUCAACAACUACGAAGAAAUCUAGACGUAAAAAUAAGAAAGCUAAUAAAAAAUUAACACCAGACGAAGUACGUCAAUUAGCUUGGGAGUCAGAAUUCAAUCGUCGUAAAGCUGCCGCAUUAGAACAAUCAUUAGCUGAAGAAGCAAGACUAAAGAAAUUGGCCGAAGAAGAGGCAAUUGCUAUAGCUGCAGAAAAAGCUUUAGCUGUACAAGAGAAAAAUCGCCUUCUUGUUGAACAGCGUAAACGUGAAAUAUCACGUCUGAAAGCAGAUAGUGAAUUGGCUCAGUUAAAGUUGCCUGAAUCCGCACGAUGGGCGGCGGCUGCUACUAGUAAUACAAAUAUCACAAACAGGACUGCUCCAAUAGAUUUACGUUCUAUUCAAGCUUCACAAGCCGCUGAAGAGGCUAAAAGAAAAUAUCAUGAUGCAUUAAUGUCUGAACAAGUUGCUGUGUUGAUAGCAGCUGAAGCAGCUUCUCCAUCAUCAAAAACUCCACUUUCAUGGUCUCAAAUCGCUAAAUCGGAUACGACAUCUUUAACACCUAUAAAUCCAUGUAUAUCAAAGAAUGAUAAAACAACUGAACGUUCUAAAUGUACUGUUGCUAUAUCAUCUAGUAGUAAUAAUAAUGGUCCAAUACAUAAAUCCAUUAGUUAUUCAUCGAAUAGUAAUAAUACUUCAUCUUUAACACAAUUAGAUUAUUUAAAAAUCACUUCAUCAUCAAAAAUAUCCUUAAAUAACAAUAUAAAUUCUGCUGCUACUUCUACAUCUGUUUCGUGUACACCGAAAGUGAAUAAUACAAUUGUUAAGUCAGUGACUACAACAACAACAACAGCAAAUAUACCUUCAAUAUGGGAUCUACCUGUAACAAAUAAUCUAGAUAAUACUAACAAUACAACUGGGAAAAAAAGCAAUUCAAAAAAGAAAAAAAAAAAUCGUGAGGUUUCUUUAUUUCCUGCUAAAGAAGAACUUGCCCAUUGGUGUGAAUCUCAACUGUCUUCCAUUCCUUUGUCUGGAGUUGAUUUGCCUACUUUAGUGGAUUUAUUAUGUGAACUACAAGCUACAGAUGAAAUACUAGAAUUUAUUGAAAAUUCAUUGGGACGAUCAAAGCGUAUAUCACAAUUCUCCAAAGAUUUUUUACAAAAACGUUCAUUUCUUCAUCAAUAACAAAUGAUAAUUUGUUUACUACUCAAUUCAUUCAAUUUCAUAUAUGGAGAGAUAAUUAAUAACAAUCUACAAUUGUUAAUAUUGUCUGUUGUCUGUUUUUUUUUCUUCAUUGUAUUUUCAAAUUCUCAUUAUUUCUCUUAAUCUAUAAGUCAUUCCCUCUUCUUGUUUCUAAUAACAUUCUGUUUUUCUUUUAAUUAUUGUCUUUUCUUUUAUUUGAUAAAAUUUAAAAUAGAAUCACUUCUUAUUAUCAUUCUCACUUCGUCGUCACCAUCGCCGCCGCCGCCGUUGUCGUCGUCGUCACUCACUCACUCACUCAUUCACUCACUCACUCACUCACUCGUACUCACUCAUCUACUUACACAUACACACAUAUGUGCGUGCAUCAUUCAUUAUUAUUACUAAUUUUAUUUUUAUUGAUCUAUUUCAUAAAAGUUCCAUAUAUAUAGAAAUUGGUUUCAACUUUUGUUUAUCGAAGUUCUUUUUUUUGGGGGGGGGGGUAAAAAAACACUCGAAUUUUUUCCUAUUUAUUUUUUAUUGGGGAAAAAAAGUGCAUUUCUUUUCUUUUUCUUUGUUUAUUUCAUUCAUAAACAAUAGUAUGUAAAAUCGUAAUGUUUAUGCGUCCACUUUAGUUAAAACCCACCGCAACCCAUUCUCUCCCCCCCUUCCUAUCUGUCUGUUUCUAUAUCUAUCCAUUUUAAUUGUCGUAUUAUUUUUUUUGCUCUUUUUGCAAUUCAUAGUUACUCAAUUUAUAUAUAUAAACAUAUGUGUACAUAAGUUUCUUUUUUCUAUUUAAAAAAAAAAGAAUAAUGACAACAAUAAUGAUUCUUUUUUUCUUCUUUUAAUGUGUUUGUGUUGGGAUAUUCAGGAAAAUAUCCCAAAAAUUAUCCUGUUAAGCCUAAUGCUAUCCUUGGACAUGAAAUGGUAUCAUCUUAUUGGUCAAUAUUUAUUUGACGUGUUAUUUUCCUACUGGCCAUUAUUGUACAAUGUUAUCUUCUAUUUUAUGGUACGUUGUGGACUGCUUGAAUGGUAUAUAAACAAAGCAUGUUUGAAAUAUAAUGAUUCAUAAUUCCGAGGCUGAGACUUGUGUUCUGGACUCGAUUGACUGGGCUAGACAGGGAAGCGAGACCAAUCAGAACCCUAGGUCGUUCUACGUGUUUGCGCGUCCUUGGUCCGAUCAAUAAUUCGCUAUCCCUUAAGCAGCAUUUAUUAUCUUCACAGUUAUAACAGUUUGUCCGUUUGUGAAAUAAUUGCGCAUAAUUUUAUUAUUUGAAUGAAAGGGUUUCUGUUUUGUUACUAUCGGUUACAUGCUGUAAUUAUUAUUAUUAUUAUUAUUAUU